UACACUACACUUUACCCCAGACGCCAUUACCAUCCAAGAAAUAGAGGAGAGAAAAGCUAAAAAAAAUUGAUUUUUGUCUUGGUGAGAGAGUGAGAGAGAGAGAGAGAGAGUCUCGCUUCUGUAUUUCUCUGUCCUCCUCUCCAUUUUGUGUUUUAGGCUAGCAGUGUGUGCACAAACGACAGUCCUCUCUCUUCUCUUCCCCCCUCUCUGCAUCUGCCUCUUCCCAUAUGGCUCUUCUUCAUCCUCCUCCCAAUUGACAGAAAAACACCAAAACCCAUUUCAUAAAUCCUAUCAAAAUGAGUCCUUUCUUUUUCUUUCUCUUACUGUUCACAUCCUUCUUGGCCUGCAAAUCCCAGCAAAACCCACAAACCCAAGCCCUGACAUCCAUCAAGCAAAACCUCCACGACCCGCUUGGAGCUUUAACCGGCUGGGAUCCAACAACCCCAUUAGCUCCAUGUGACUGGCGUGGUGUCUUUUGCACAAACAACCGAGUUACUGAACUUCGUUUACCUCGUCUCCAACUCCGUGGCCAACUCAGUGACCAGUUUGCUUCUUUAACAUCUUUACGUAAAAUCAGCCUUAGAUCAAAUUUCUUAAAUGGAACAUUGCCUCAUUCUCUUGCAAAAUGCACGCUCUUACGCGCUUUGUUUUUGCAAUACAACUCAUUUUCCGGCAACCUUCCGCCGGAGAUUAGUAACUUAACUAAUCUUCAAGUCUUGAACAUCGCGCAAAAUAGGUUUUCUGGAGAGAUUCCUAGAUCUCUGCCUGUGAGUUUGAAGUAUCUUGAUUUAUCAUCAAAUACAUUUUCAGGCUCUAUCCCUUCAAGUGUUUCUGACUUGGCGCAGUUGCAGCUUAUUAACCUGUCUUACAAUCAGUUUUCCGGUUCUAUUCCGGCGAGUUUUGGCCAGCUUCAGAGUCUUGAAUACCUGUGGCUUGAUUAUAAUAUUUUAGAAGGGACUUUACCUUCUGCCAUUGCGAAUUGCUCUUCGCUUGUGCACUUUAGUGCUAAUGGUAAUCGUCUUGGAGGUUUGAUCCCGGCUGCCAUUGGCGAGCUUCCGAAAUUGCAAGUUGUUUCGCUUUCGGAAAAUAAGUUUGUUGGGGCUGUUCCGACUUCAAUGUUUUGUAAUGUCUCGGUUUAUCCGCCGUCGUUGCGGAUUGUUCAGUUGGGGUUUAAUGGGUUUAGUGGUGUUGUAGGGCCGGAGUCAGGCGGUUGUUUUAGUGUUUUGCAAGUUCUGGAUCUUCAAGAGAAUCACAUACGUGGAGUGUUUCCUCUGUGGUUGACACGUGUGGUUACUUUGACAAUGUUGGAUGUUUCGAGGAAUUUGUUUUCUGGUGUUGUUCCGGCUGAGAUUGGGAAUUUGUCGAGGUUGGAGGAGUUGAAGAUGGGUGGUAAUGGUUUUAGAGAGGUGGUUCCAGUGGAGAUUCAGCAAUGUAGGUCACUUCAGGUUCUUGAUCUUCAUGGGAAUGAUUUAUCAGGGGAAAUCCCUGAGGUUUUGGGUGAUCUAAGGGGGUUGAAGGUGUUGUCUCUUGGUGAAAAUCAGUUAUCGGGCUCGGUUCCUGGGAGUUUUAGGAAUCUUACAGGGCUAGAGACCUUGAAUUUGGGUGGUAAUGGUUUGAAUGGAAGCUUGCCAGAUGAGGUUAUGGGGUUGAGUAAUUUGACUACGCUGGACCUCAGUGGAAAUGGAUUCUCAGGUGAAAUUCCUGCUACUAUUGGGAAUUUGAACAGGGUAAUGCUCCUGAAUCUGAGUGGAAAUGGUUUUUCAGGAAGGAUACCGUCUAGUUUUGGAAAUCUAUUGAGGUUAAGUUCUCUUGAUUUGAGCAGACAGAGUUUGUCUGGAGAGUUGCCGUCUGAGCUUGCUGGCUUGCCGAAUCUUCAGGUGAUUGCUUUGCAGGAGAAUAUGCUGUCUGGGGAUGUUCAUGAAGGGUUCAGUAGUUUGUUGGGUUUGCGUUACUUGAACCUCAGCUCCAAUGGCUUCUCCGGUCAGAUUCCGUUGACUUUUGGGUUUCUCAAGUCAUUGGUUGUUUUGUCGUUGUCUAAGAAUCACAUUUCAGGGUUGAUUCCACCAGAGCUUGGCAACUGCUCGGAUCUUGAAACCCUUGAGUUAGAGUCAAAUUCUUUGACUGGCAAUAUUCCAGGUGAUCUCUCUCGCCUUUUGCACUUGAAAGUGCUUGAUUUAGGUAGGAACAAUUUAUCAGGUGAAAUCCCAAAUGAAAUCUCCAAAUGCUCGUCGUUAUCCUCAUUGUCGUUGGAUAGCAAUCAUCUUUCAGGUAGCAUACCGGAUUCAUUAUCCAAUUUAUCCAACUUGACAUCUUUGGAUCUCUCUACUAACAACUUGAGUGGGCAGAUUCCUGUCAGUCUUGCACAAAUCUCUGGCCUGGUAUACCUGAAUGUUUCAAGAAAUAACCUUGAAGGUGGGAUUCCAACAUUGCUGGGUUCUAGAUUUAACAACCCAUCAGCAUUUGCAGAUAAUCCAAGGCUAUGUGGAAAGCCAUUGCCUAGAAAUUGUGUGGAUGUAGAAGCAAGCAAUCGAAGGAAAAGGUUGAUUCUGUUGAUUGUUGUGGUUGUAAGUGGGGCUUGCAUGUUGGCAUUAUGUUGCUGCUUCUAUACAUACAGCCUCUUGAGGUGGCGCAAGAGACUAAAACAAGGUGCUGCGGGUGAGAAGAAACGGAGCCCAGCAAGGCCUAGCUCAAAUGGAAGUGGUGGUCGUGGCAGUACAGAUAAUGGAGGGCCGAAACUUGUUAUGUUUAAUAACAAGAUCACACUUGCAGAAACAACUGAAGCAACUAGGCAAUUCGAUGAAGAGAAUGUGCUUAGCAGAACUCGAUAUGGCCUAGUUUUUAAAGCUUGUUAUAGUGAUGGAAUGGUGCUCUCAAUCCGAAGACUCCCGGAUGGAUCACUAGAUGAAAACAUGUUCAGGAAAGAAGCUGAAUUUCUAAGCAAAGUGAAGCAUCGAAACCUAACAGUUCUUCGUGGCUACUAUGCUGGAGCACCAGAUAUGAGACUCCUGGUCUACGACUACAUGCCUAAUGGAAACCUUGCCACUCUCCUCCAAGAAGCAUCCCACCAAGAUGGUCAUGUCCUAAAUUGGCCAAUGCGUCACUUGAUAGCUCUCGGAAUUGCCCGUGGCCUUGCAUUCCUUCACACAUCCAACAUUGUUCACGGGGAUGUCAAGCCACAAAGCGUCCUCUUUGAUGCAGAUUUCGAAGCCCAUCUCUCUGACUUCGGGCUAGACAGAUUAACCAUUGCAACCCCAGCAGAACCUUCAACCUCAGCAACAGUUGGCACAUUGGGUUAUGUAUCACCAGAAGCUGUUUUGACAGGAGAGGUUUCAAAAGAAGCAGAUGUUUACAGCUUUGGCAUAGUAUUACUUGAGCUACUAACAGGGAAAAGGCCAGUGAUGUUUACACAAGAUGAAGAUAUUGUCAAGUGGGUCAAGAAGCAACUUCAGAAGGGUCAAAUAACAGAACUUUUGGAGCCUGGUUUGCUUGAACUUGACCCUGAAUCAUCAGAAUGGGAAGAGUUCUUGUUAGGUGUUAAGGUUGGGUUACUUUGCACCGCACCGGACCCUCUUGAUAGACCCACAAUGCCUGAUAUUGUUUUCAUGCUUGAAGGUUGCCGUGUGGGCCCUGAUAUCCCAUCUUCAGCUGAUCCAACCUCUCAACCAUCCCCUGCUUGAUGACCCACCCGAAUUCCAAAUAACCCGAAAACCCGAUAAAGUUUGACCAUUUCCUUUAGAACCUUUUCUAUUGUGUUGUUUCUUUUUUACCCUUUUGCCACUUCGGUCUCUGAUGCCGGCCUGAGAGAAAAGAUCGGGGCCCACAGGUUGAUAAAUUGCAGUCAACGACGGGGACAAGGCGGGGACCACUAGCCCUCUUUUGUCUUUUUGGCGCCAAAGGGAGUCACGUGGCAGCAGAGUGAAAAAGUAGCCGUUAAUGUUGUGGGCUCCGAGGAGAAGCUGGCAAAAAACUGAAAAAGAAGUGUCGUUUUCUAUUAAAAAAACAACAAAAAAAACGGAGGCAUUGAUAAUAUUGUAGCAGUAAAGUAAAGCGUUGGGGUUUGGUAGUGCAAGUUGGGGCACAGCUUCAAGAUGAUCUCAGGCUCAGCCAAAGCCAUGAGAGGAUCUUCUGUUGCCCUUCAGUUUUAUUUUUUUUUCCUGGUAGAGGGCAAGCGAUGGGGUCAGGGACUCAAAAUCUUAGGACCCCACUGGAUCAUCAUCAAGAAGGGGAUGGGAAAGCUACAGUAGAGGAGAGAAAGGGGAAGAAAACGAUGGCUCAACAUCUUCAAUUAAUUUUGAACUUUUUUCAAAUUUUUUAGUGGGUCAUGAUGACUUUUUUAUCUGUGAUGAAUUUCUUUUUGAAUUGUUGCACGCUGAUUUUUGUCAUUUAAUCUGUAUUUUUUCAGUACAGACGUAGUCGUAGGAGUGAAAAGUACUAGCACCAAGUACCACCUUUCCUUGUCUUCCAUGUUAGUUUUUCAGAAAAGGAGAAGCUCUCUAUCUA